AUGGAACUACACAGAACGAGUAGAGUCUAUGGGUCCUGCAUUCGUGGGGAAAAGGAAGAACAGCAAGGGAUGGAGAGGACAGAACCCCCCCUGCUCCUGUCCGAGUUCCUCAAGCUCUCCAUUGUCCCUGCUCUCACCUCUCGCCACUUCUACUCCAAAUUUCCGUUACCACCAUCCUCUUCAACCCCGGCUUCUUUUCCACUCUUGACUCUUCAGGGCUCAAUUUCAGCUGUUGCUGAGGAAAAAGCCAUUGUUUCCAAACUGCCUCCAGAGAGCUCCACUGAGAAAGACCAACAAAAAUCUAAUUUGGAAAACUUGGGAGAGUUGACAUCAUGGAAUACUUCAUGGAUACUCCCUGUAUUUGGAACAAGGCGAUUGACAUUUUCACUAUUUGAAGAAAUGAAUGGAGUUCUAAAGAACAUGCUUUCAGAGUGGUUCUCGACAGGAUUCCUAAACUUGGAACGGGUCACUUGGCAAUCACCUUGUGAAGUACUCCAGAAAAUUAGUGAUUCUGAAGCUGUGCAUCCUGUUAGAAACUGGGUUGAUAUGAAGCGUCGAGUUGGGUCGUAUAGAAGAUGCUACUUUUUUUCUCACUGUGCAAUCCCAGGAGAACCAUUGAUAGUCUUGCAUGUUGCACUAACCAGUGAUAUCUCCAGCAGCAUCCAGGCCAUAGUGAAAGAAGUGCCACCUUUAGAAACAGAAGAUACAGACAAAAUUACAACAGCAAUUUUCUACUCAAUCAGUUUGACUCAACAGGGGCUGCAAGGUGUGGAACUUGGGACUUACCUCAUCAAACGGGUUGUAAAAGAGCUGCAGAAAGAACUUCCUCAGAUAAAAGCUUUUUCCACUCUUUCGCCUAUCCCGGGAUUCACAAAAUGGCUUGUUGGUCUCCUCUCCUCAAAAACAAAAGAACUGGAAAGAAAUGAACUUUUUACAGAAUCAGAAUGGCAAGAAAUCUCUGAGAUCACAGGAGACUCUACUACUGAAAUGCUAAAGAAACUCUUAAAUAACAAUGAGUGGGUGAGAUCAGAAAAAUUAGUUAAAGUGCUCCAUUCACCGUUUAUGAGGCUCUGUGCCUGGUAUUUGUAUGGAGAGAAACAUCGUGGCUAUGCUCUUAAUCCAGUAGCAAAUUUUCAUCUUCAGAAUGGCUCUGUGAUGUGGCGGAUAAACUGGAUGGCGGACACAAGCCCUCGGGGCAUUGCUUCUUCUUGUGGCAUGAUGGUAAACUACCGAUAUUUCUUAGAGGAUACAGCCAGUAAUAGUGCAGCAUACCGGGGGACUAAACAAAUUAAAGCCUCAGAGCAGGUUCUUUCCUUGGUGUCUCAGUUCCAGCAAAAUAGCAAGCUUUAAUUAAAUAUUAUGAAAACUAAGAACAAGUGUUCCUUACCUAUAAAGAGCUGUAAUAUUUUGCACUGUCUAUAUUUAAAUGAGAAUGUCCCUUAUAAAACCAAUUUACUCAGUACAGCACGAUGCAAAGUUAUCUAGAUUAUCAGUUGUCUUGCUUAUGUUGCCAUAUAUUCAAAACCUAAUCGACUGUGAUUGAGUCACUGUAAGUUCUAGAUACCUGUUACGUGCAAAUGGGUUGGAGGUAUGUAUUAAAGGGUGAGUAGAAUUCUCUCAAUCAGUUACAACUCAGUGGUAACUUGAAUGGGUAAUACUUGAGCCGUACCAUUAUUCUGUUGAAUAUAAACCUGUAUAAACUGUGUCUUCAGAAGGAGCUGCACUUUGUCAUAAUACUGCUAUAGAUAGUUCAGUACCAAAGUACCUGGAAAGAAGUACUGAAUGAAGGUAAAUUUUUGGUCAAAUAUAUUAGCAAAAUGGUAAUCUACAGUUUUAUUUCAAUAAUAUCCAUCUUAUUCUCCCUCAAAAACUCUCAUGUAAAACCUCUGGGUAUUUUCCUUUUUCAAAACCCUAAAAAUCUCACUGAGUCCUAGCUUUGCUGGAGCAUGGAAAAGCCUUGCAUUAAUAUUGUUGAAAAAUCAGGAUCUCUCAGUGCAGCAGGUAUGUAGUAUUAUAUUUGCACUUUUGUCUACUAAAAUACAAUGAGCAAGAAGGAAGCGUUCAAAUAAGAGGGGAAUAAGAGAUUAUAUUAUACUUUGGUUCUGGUAAUUUUUUAAGUUGAUAAAGAGCUUUUUUAAGAAAGAGGUAGGUGUGACCUGUAAACCAAUAAAAUAAACU